AUGUCGUCGACGACAUAUGCGAAUAUUAAUUAUCUACAUCAAGAACAAAUGCGUACACAAAUUCAACAACAAUUAACACGAAUGGUCGGUGCUCAAGCUUUGUUUGUUCUAUUUGGCAUGAUUGCAUAUACAACGCAGACAAUUUACACUUUAUUGACCAUGUAUACGCCGAAAAGUACUCUUCGACAAGCACAAGAAAGUGUUGGUCUCACCAUCACUGGAGUUCUUAGCUAUAUAGGUUAUGCAUUCAAUUUUUAUAUCUACAUGACAGUUUCUCCAUCACUUCGGAAACAGUUCAAACAAUUAAUCAAAAAAUAUUUACGUUAUCUCAUUUGUCUUAAUCAUUGUACCAUUGACACCAAUCGAACUGCACCAUGUCAUAGUACUCGCAACACCUUUCAACCACAUUUAAUACAAACAAAACGACCACAACAACUCGUACCUGUAAAACAAUAA